AUGCUUUCACGCGUGUACAUGCUUUUCCUCGCCUUCUGCCAGCUCUGUCUGGCAGCGGAGAUCGUUCCUCGAGCGACUUUCUCCGAGGUGACUGGCUUCGGUGCCAACCCGACGAAUACCAAGAUGUACCUAUGGGUCCCCAACAACCUUGCGCCCAACCCCGCCAUCGUCGUCGGAAUUCACUGGUGCUCAGGCAAUGCGCAGGCCUACUAUCAAGGCUCCAACUGGGCUCGUCUCUCUGAGACUUAUGGCUAUAUCGUCAUCUACCCGAGCACCGCAUACACUGCAAGCAACUGCUGGGAUGUCUCGUCGCAGAAGACGCUGACUCGAGGAGCUGGCGGUAACAGUGACUCGAUCGCCAACAUGGUCAAGUACGUCACCGCUCAAUAUGGUGCUGACGCCAGCCGAGUGUUUGUGACUGGCAUUUCGUCCGGAGCUAUGAUGACGAACGUUAUGGCUGCCACAUACCCCGACCUUUUCCAGGCUGGUAUUGCUUAUGCUGGCGUCCCCGCCGGCUGCUUCUCUUACGGCACCACCGAAGCGGGCUGGAACAGCACUUGUGCGAACGGCCAGUCCAUCACAACUCCGGAGCACUGGGCCGCCAUCGCUCGUGCUAUGGCGCCUGGUUACACUGGCCGUCGCCCGCGCAUGCAGGUUUAUCACGGUGACCAGGACGCGGUGGUGUUUCCCCAGAACUACUACGAGACCAUCAAGCAGUGGGCUGGUAUCUUUGGAUACUCGACAACCCCCCAACAGACUAUUUCUAACUUCCCGCGGAGCCCCUACAAUAAAUACGUCUUCGGUCCCAACCUGGAGGGAAUCCUUGGUGUCGGUGUCAGCCACAGCAUUGAUGUGUUUUUCGAUGAGGAUCUGAAAUGGUUUGGUUUCACGCCUCAAGACCCCCGCGACAUCGACAGCAGGCCCUACAAGCACAACGAGGUCGACGACCACGUCGACAGUGGCCCCACCAGUGCCGACCACCAUUGCCACCCUCACUACCGCCGUCACGACGACAGCUCGGCCGACCACUACGGCCUCCGGGCAAGCACCUCAAAAGCGCUGGGGCCAGUGCGGUGGCCAGAACUGGAGCGGCCCAACAGUUUGCGAAAGCCCUUGGACUUGCCAGGUCCAGAACAACUGUAA